CGUCUAGUGAUUAUUGUAAAAUUGUAAUAAUUAGUUGUAAAAAUUCGUGUUGAAAGUUCAUCUUUCACAUAAAAAUGACAAACAUGGAUUCAGAACCACAACAACCCACAGAAUCACAACAAGUGACAGAAAAAACAACUCCGGACUCCAAAUUUAAAAGUUUGAUAGAAGCUAAUAAUGUGUCAGGCAUACUCCAAUUACUUGAAUCGCCUGAGAAGAAGAAUAUUGAUAAUGCGUGCAGUGUAUUUUCAGCUUUAACAACAGCCAUUAUCAAAAUUCUGGCAAAACAUCCACAUUAUUUGAAUGCAGCUGAACAAGGAUGCCGGCAAAUAAUGAACUCUCACAUGGCAACAAUACACUCUAUGAUGUCCAGUCACAGUAAACCAAAACAUAAAAAGGCAGUGUUAAAAUUAUUAACUGCCAUAGUGUCACUUGGCAAAACUUUUCCUCGUGAACUGUUGAACCAUCUUACUUUGCAUCCCAUGCUUGUUGAUGCACUAGCCAGUCAUACUAAACCAAGUGAUCCAGAAAAUGUAAGAACAUGCUUCAUUCAUUUUCUGUUAUCAUUCAUUAUUGAAGGAAAUUCUUCCACAAUUAAAGCUUUAUUAGAUAAGCGAGGUGUUCUUUCCAGUAUAUUUGCUGAUUUAAUUUAUGACAGCUGUGAAAUUGUUCAGCUUGUUCUGAAAACAUUAAAGAAAUACAUUUUAGAAAAUUCCUCUAUCACAAAAACUAUUAAGAUACACUUAUUUAAUACAUCAGCAAUUGAAUCUCUUGUAAAUUUGUAUAACUGGAAAGGACCUAAAAAUUGGCAAGGUUUUAGAAAAACUGAUAAAGUUCUGGAACCUGUUGAUCCAGAAGAAAAAAAUAUGACUUUAAAUGCUCUGCAUGAAUUAUUAAUAACGCUUAUGACAUCCAGUCGUUAUGGUAUUGUUUUUCAUGAUCAUAGUUUAGGAACAGAUAGUGGUCGCAAACACAAUCAUUUUAUAAAUGUAAUAUUGCAAAAUCUUGAAAGACCCUGGGAACAUGAAAAACCAUCAGAAUUAGUAGUUGAAAUUUUAGCUUCUUGUCCAGAUUUAAUUUCAUCACAAUUCAUUAGUAUGGACCCAUACUUAGAGCCUAGAGUUUCUGCAAAAUGGGCUACUGCAUUGCAGUUUAUUGGAAAGAUCAUUGACAAUUUAGAUGUAGAAAAAUGUCUUAAAUCAUGCCUUGAAAAAAUGUCACCUAUUAAAUUCACUGAGGCUCUAUUAAAUUUGAUCAUGCCUCCAAAUGUGAUAAAAAGUGCAGUUGUGCCUUCUCUAGAAAAUGAAAAUACCUGUAUACAUUAUAAAACUAUAAAACUCAUGUAUACAAUGAUGAAAAAAGUGGAAUCAUUUUUAAAAAUCAUGGAAAAUUCUGAAGUAAAUGAUGAUGAUUUUAAAAAGCUUAAAAUGGUUACUGAUGAUCACGUAAAAAAUAAUGUGCCUGCUUUUGAUACUCUUGCAAAUGCAUGGAUGAAAGCAUUUUCUCAGAAUUUAGAAACUGACAAUUCAGAAAUGAGUGAGAGUGAAGAGGAUAUUAAGAAUUUAAAAAUCAAAGCUUUCAGUAUUCUUGCACAUUUGAACCCGUCUGGCUUUUCAGCAUCAAUGGAUAUUUUUGGUAUGGUUCUGACAUUUUUAUUGACAAACAUUGGAUGUGUAGAUGUUUCACUUGAUUCAGAUAUUCGUAUAACUUUGAAUUUAUUAAUAAACAGUUCUGGAAUAUUUGAUGGCUUUGAUGGUUUGGAUAUUUGGAUUGAUAGUAUAUCCAAGUUUGAAAACAAACUUGAAAAAACAGAAUUAGCUGAAUGGCUAGCUAAAAUAGUGAAACGUGUCUGUAAAAAUACUGAUAAGUAUAAGCAGCUUCCUUGCAUAGAAGAAGAUAGAAUGGAUGUAGAUGAUGACAUUGUGAGUCAGGAAAAUCCAAAUGAUUUGCAAAACAACAUGCUUCCUUUCAUAUCUAUAUCACCACUUCUUAAUGCAGCUGUUCAAAGUUUGCAGAAGCAUUCAACUACUUCUGAAUCUUUGUACAUGUCUCAUAUUUUAGUCCAUACUCUGCACUGCCAAGUAUCACCUAAUAAUUUGAUACUUUUAUUAAAAGAUAUUGAUAUUCCAGCUUUAAGUUACAUAAAAAGUUGGUUAGAGGGUGAAAUACCUUUAGUUAUCGGUGAACCUUUUGCCAAAAACUCAGUAUUUGCCAUAAUAAGUGAAAUUUUACUUGGUACAGAUCAACCAACUUCAGUUGACGAUAGCAAUUUUGGGUCUGGUAACAAUGAAUUGAGUGUAGAGUUUAAAAAAAAACGGCAUACUUUUGCCUUAACUAGAUUUGAAAUGAAGUAUAUACUAAAGUUAGUUAUUUUUUAUGCUGUGCAAAGUAUGAAGCAAUUGAAUGGUCAAUUAGAAAAAUUAGAACUAAUUGAAAAAACUGUAUCAGCAAUAUUGAAAAUGGGUAGGGCUCUUCAAGAAGAUUCUGAUGGUUUCUUAAGAGAAUGUGCUUCUUCAAUUUUUAAAAAUCCAGUCAUUUUAAAAUUUUUCAAUGGUCUUUCUAAAAAGAAAACUGCAAGCACCAGUAAUGGUACACAAUUUUUCAAAAACAUUUGCCAAAUGUUUUUUGAAAUGAACAAACAAGAAAUGAUAGCACCACUAAUGGUUCCUUACCAAAAUAAAUUUGUGGAAAAUUUCAAGUCUUCUAUUUCAAAGCAAAGAGAAAAUAAAUUAAAAAAAGGUUUACAUUAUUCUGAAAAUAUUAUAGAUAUUUUACAAAUGAAUAUUGAAAGUGCAAAGGAAUUUGUUGAAGAUAUCAUGUCUUUACCUUGUGAAAAGUUUUUAACUGAAGAUGAAUUGAAUCUUUCUGUUUGGGGAAUAAUGCUUCCUGAACUUAUGAAUAGAAUUUUAAAGUUUGAACUAACAACUGAAAGUCUGGCCAUGCAAAAUGUUACAGUUGGAAAAAUUUUACUGUGUAUGACAGAACUGUUGAAAUUUGAUGUAGAAUUGGCUUCAUGGAUUUCAGCAAUUAGAGACCUUUUUGUAAAAUGUCCUCAACAAUUGACAACAAUCGAUGAAAAUAUCUUCAUGGCUUUAUUGACAUCUAAGAAAAUUACAUUGAUCAAAGAAAUAUUUGCUAUAGUAAUAUUUGAGAAUUCUGUGUGCAUGGAUUUAUUUAUGAAAUUUGUAAAAAAUAAUGAAGAUUUCUACCAGCAACAAGAUGUGCUUUUUUACAUUCUAUCAAAAAGUGUAGAGCAGAAAUGGAAAAAAAAGUUUAUCAGUAAACUAUUUAAUUUGUAUAAGGAUGAAAUAGUUACUUAUGUAACAACAUUGAAGACAAAUAGUGAAUGUCUUGAAAUGAAUAUUGGUGCAAUUGGAUACUUCAUUGAUAAUUGUUUUGAUCCAGAAGAAUGCAAAAAAAUGUGUGAUGCAAUAUUAAUAAAUGGAGAGAUAUUGGAUCAUGCGCAAGAAAUUCACAUACAAGUAUUAAAGAAACUUUUCAUAAAAAGUUUACCAGUGAAUCCAGAUGCUUUGAAAAGUUUGGUUCAAGUGCUUUUACGUAUUACUCUCGUUGUGUUAAAAAAAGAGCCCAAAAAUACAUCAAAGUUGAAUAAUAUUUGUCAAAGUUUAAUUGAAGCAAUCACUGAUCUAAAAACGAAAAACAGUGUUAGCUACUUUGAAGACAUAAGUAAAAAUCAUUCUUGGCCAUUAUUUACUCGUAUAUGCUUGAAAGUUGGCUUAAAGAGUACUAAAAACGCUGAAACCGAAAAAUUAUUGGUUUUGAAAGCUUUAUUAGUUACUUGUGAUUUAGCUUAUGAAGAUGAUUGUAAGGAAGUAUACGUAAAAACUAUCUUUGAAAUGACUACUUCACAUUCUGAGUUUAUUAAUAUAAUGCUGAAUAAUUCCAAUUUAAAAGAUGACCUUAUAGAAUUACUUUAUAUUUUGACAAAAAAAAACAAUACAACUAUGGCUGAAAGUCAAGUAACAUUAUAUUUAGCAUCAUAUGGAGCUACUUUAUCAAGAAGUGACCAGUUGAUUCUUCAGAUCCUGUUCAACUUUGAAAAAAACGGUCUUGACAUUAGUAAGUAUCAACCAUACUUAUGGGGAGAAGCUGCAGCCACUCAUUAUAGUGUCAAAGGAGGGGCUGAAACUAUUUUAUUUAGACAAACUUCUACAAGUGAAGUUUUUGAUUUACUCCAAUCUGAUAUAGUUUCAAAUACAAUAAAGAAUUUCCCUGUUCACAGAAAUUCAUUGACUGAAGUGAUUGAAAUUGAUUCUGGAGAAAAAAUGUAUGAUCCUCAAUUUUAUCUCCCAUUGUUUCAACAAUUGUUGGAACCUCAUAAUGUUGUACCCUGCCAUAAAGUCAUUCAUUCUGGAGCAUUUGCUUUGGCUAUUGCUGCUUGCAGUAGUACAAGCAGUUUAGUGCGUGGAAUGGCUUUAUCUGUUAUUAGUAAAUAUUAUUUCCUCGUAGAUGCAACAAGUUCAAAAGAGAAAGAACUGUGGUUAAAUUUUAUUCAGCUGAUGAGAAAUGGAAUGAUAGAGUCAGGAGUGCCGAUAGAAAAACUCCGUUUGAAUGGAUUUGUUUCUACAUUUUUAGCAAAAGCAUCAUUAGUUAUGAGAUCGCCAACAGAUAAAUUAUAUAAACCCAUUCAAUCUUUUCUAAUGGCUAAACCAGUAUUAGAUAUUAAUACCAUACCAGAAUUUAUAACAUUAUUCAAUAGUUCAGAUAUUGAUUUUAAAGCACAUAGGCAUUGGAUUCUAGGAGUUGUAAGAGAUGGAUUGAAAACUGACGAAGACAUGAAUAUCGCUUUUAGAAAAAUGGUGUUUCAUACAUUGUUCAUGUUUUAUAAUUCCAUAUUAUGUGAUAAAAUGUCAAAGGUUCUCAUAUUACAAAUUAUGAGGUCUGCAACGAAAUUACCCAAAUGUUGUUUGAUUCUCAUGAAAUCAUAUUGCUUGACAUCCUGGCUAUUAUCAGCUGGUAAAAAGUUAGGAAGCACUGACAAUGAAGCCAGGAGAUGCCUGAGAGAUAUCAUAAAAAAUAUUCGUCACGCUUGCAGCGUUAAGAAGUACGAGCCCAAAUUUUCAUUACUCACGCUCAAAGAUUUGGAGAAGCUCUUAUAAAUAUUCAAGUAUUGGAAUAUACAUUUGUGUAAUAUUUGUAAAUACGAAGAAAUGGAGAUGUUAGCCAUUAGAUAAUGGUUUUUUAUAUUAUAAAAGUGAAGUUUAUAUUAGCUUUCGAUUUCGAUCGAAAAUAAAUAAAUUGUUAAGUAAUUUAAAAUAA